GAAGCGGAUUGGCCGGCGGGCCCCAGAGGCGGCUCCGGUGGGCGCGGAGCGUCGGGCUUCUCUCCGGGCCCCAGAAGGACGCUGGGCGAGCGGACAGGGAAGGAGAUGGGUCCCGCACUCCGCCGGUGGGCGCUGCCGGCCUUGGCUUUGAUCUGGGCGGCCAUGGCCACCGCUGGAGAGCAGCCCGCGCACCUCUCCUCCGAGGUGUUUUUUUGCCAGAAGGACUCCCCGCUUUACGGCCUGGCUCAGACGCUGGACGAUGACCUGCUCUUCUGGUACGACUUCCUGGGCUCCAGCUGGCGCUCCCGCCUGCCCGACUUCCAGCCGGAGACGCAGCUCUCCGAACCGCAGAUCGAGGCACGGAAGAAAGUCUGCGACAAUGUGCUGCCUUACCUCACCUGGUUUUCAAACCAGUCCAUUUUUAUCCAGUUCCCCAAGGCCAGAGGAAUCCCCCACGUGGAACUCUUCACCCUCCGGCCCCUGGUGCUGGGCCAGCCCAACGUCCUGGUCUGCUCGGCAAGAAACAUCUUCCCUCCUGUGGCCAGAAUCAUCUGGGCCUUCCAGGGCCAGCAACUGACCCAGGGCGUCUCCUCCACCCCAGUCUUCCCUGUCCAAGAGCUGGACUUCCAGAUCUUCUCCUACUUGGAGGUGACGCCCCAGGUGGGGGACGUCUACAGCUGCAACGUUAAAAGCCUGGGGGGCAAGUUCGACAGCAUGGCCUACUGGGUCCCCAAAGACCCCAUCGCCUCCAAGCUCCUGGAGAACGUCCUCUGCGGCCUUGCAGUGGCGGUGGGAGGGGUCUUCAUGAUCGUGGGGAUUGUCCUGCUGGCCCUCUCCUUCAGGGUCCGGAGCUCAGACUGAAGGUGCCCUCAGCAAGAAGACCCUCCUUUCCCACCCCCCAUCCAUGGAUUGGCAUGACCCGGAAGCCUCGCUGGGAAGACCCCCUGGAUGUCAGAGUUCCCCCCUCCCCAAACUGAGCAGGGAAAGCCAUUUUUUGGGAGCUGUUUCCUUCUCUGGCCCUCAAUCCCAACCAGCAGCAGAACAAUCUUUCCCUGGCAAGGGGGGCUGGAAGUGGGGUCCCACCUGGGUCACCCCAAUGGAUGGAGGCAGAUUGCAGAUUGAACCCCAUUUCUGCCACUAAACUGCCCCCCUUCCCUGCCUUUGAGCCUCAUUGUUACCAGGGUGGGAGCUGCCCCCCUCUUGUGUUAAAUUGGUUCCCCUCCCCCCCUCCCUCCCUCCCCCCCCAGAACACUGCAAACCAGAAGAGGCGUUUUUGUUGGCUUGUAGCAAAAAAAACCUUGAUCAAAGCUGGAGGAACUGAAAUGGGUCCAGGUGUGCUGGGGGGGGGCAGAAAUUGGUCCCAAUCCCCUCCUGCUUCUAUUGGGAGGAAAUCCCAUGGAAGUCAAGGUGCCUUGGAAUUGCCCUCCCUGCCUCCAUCCUCCCAGGGCUGCCAUGAAGAAGUGAAACCGUGGGUGGGUGGGCGGGCGGGCGGGUGGGGGAAGGGGAGAAAUCUUCCUGGCCAAGAAUGGCCAGAAGAGAAAUUCUUGUGUAAAACAUAAAUCUGCAUACUAUGGUAACACAGUAGAAGGAGGAAGCUGAGAGAAAAUUACUAGGCUACAAACACUGUAAAAUGGCUUAAAUACAGAGAGAGAUCUUUGAAGCUUUAUUCAAUUAUUAAAAGUUUUAAAUUGCACGCACAA